AUGGGAUCACACUUAUCAUCUGCAGGUCGUAAAUCAGUAGUCUCUAAUACACAUACACAGAGAGAUGAAAUGAAUACACGUCAGUCUCAGAAACAUGUAAACUAUAAUGAAGCAACAAAUACAAAUGCUAGGGAUCAUGGUCAUACAGACCGUCUAAAAACUUUAUUUCAUGAUAAUCGGACUCUUAAAACAUUAUCUGAACAGAAAGUUAAUGAGUGGUUAUUAAAAAACAAGCAAUAUUACGGUGCUCUCCCAAAGGAUAUGAUAGAAAUCCCUGAACAUAUAUGCAGUUUACCAGAUAACCAAGUCUCCACUUGGGUUCAUGAUGGUUCAAGCAAUGCAAAAAGUGAUACAAGUCCAUCUAAAAAGGAGUCACAAAAACACCGACAAGGGUCAUUUGAUGGUAUAGGUGCAAAAGGUAAUCAUGAUAAAAUGAAUCACUACUGCUACAAAAACUCAGAUUAUAAGUCUAUACGAAAUGUUUGUAUACCGAUUCAGUCUAAAAAUGAUAGUUAUGCACAUUACCGUUAUCAGUGUUUUUUUCAUCAUCAGUGUCAACCCCAAACUUUACGUAUGUCAUCUGUUAAGUGUACUAAAGAUUAUAGAAAGCAUUCACAACACGGUAAUGAUGUAUUUCAUAGAAACGAAAUGAAUUCGAUAACACCAGAAAAUUCACGCAGUGAUAAAGCAGACCGCAGAGAUUUGGAUACCUUACCAAGUUGUAAUAAAAAGAUCAAGAAAAUUCCACAUAAUCGACGUGAUUCACACUCAGUUGUACCAUCAAAGUCAAGUACUUUCAACCGCAAAAUGAAUGAUAACUGGUAUCUGAAUAAAGUUUGUUUGAAUCAGCGUAGAACUCUAUCAAAUACACUUCAGAAUAAUGCACUUUAUAGCAUAAAACAAUCAUCAACUAAUAUUUCAUUAAGUAAUUUGUCAUCCUUUAAAACACUGCAAAAUAAAUUUGAAACCAAACUUCAUCAACAUGAGCUACAAAAUUUAAAAUCAUUACGUGAAUCCAAUAACCCUCCAAUAUUUAAUAAGUCAAGGUUCUUAAAGCCUUUGGGUUCAUUAAAUUCUAUUCAACGAACAAUGUGUAAACAAACUGAACCGGUGAAUGAGAUGUACAAUUUUUUUAAGUCACAGAAACCAAUAAAAGGCUUACAGAAAUUUGCAUCGAUAUGGAUGAAUUCACCCGAGAAGUAUUUGAAUAAACGGUCGAGUUACCUGGGAUAG